UGUACCCCGGUCGCGGAUCUGUGAAUGAUAAAGACUUCAGGCCGCCUCGAGUGCACCCCUUGAUCCCUCUCUCUCCUUCUCUCACCACCACGUAUAGUAUAUAUAUACAUUAAUACACCUUCGGGUUCCGUAGUCUCUCGCUUAGGUUCGCCUGCAGUUUUUGCAAGUACAUUCGCUCAGCAAAACAAACCGCCACCAUGCGCACCACCGUUCUCUCUCUCGGCGCCCUCGCCCUGGGCCUCGCCAGCGCCCACGAGUACCCCAACUGCGAGUCGGACAACUGCUACCGCAACCUGAUCGACCCCCGCUUCGCUGAUGAGGCUGUGUCUUGGUGUCCGGAGUUCCUGGCCGACACCACCACCGAGUCUUCGGCCAUCCCCACCAACUUCAACAACUGCGACGGCAACGUCAAGGCUGUGAGCUCCGCCUGCUCGUGCAUCACCUACACUGCCUCGGCCACCGCCACCAAGGAGCCCGAGCCCAGCUCCACCGAGAUCCCUGAGACCACCGAGACUGAGGCCCCCGAGCCCACCACCACCACGGAGGCCCCUGAGACCACUGAGGCCCCCGAGACCACCGAGAGCGAAGCUCCUGAGCCCACCACCACCGCCACCGAGACUGACGAUGACGAUGAUGAUGAGUGCGAGGCUACCUCGACCGAAACCGAGGCCCCUGAGCCCACCACCACCGCCACCGCCACCGAGACUGAUGAUGAUGAUGAUGAGUGCGAGGCCACCUCGACCGAGACUGAGGCCCCUGAGCCCACCACCACCGCCACCGCCACCGAGACUGACGAUGACGAUGAUGAGUGCGAGGCCACCUCGACCACCGAGUGGACCACCAGCACCAUCACCACCACCACCACCCGCACCAUCACCUCGUGCUCCGCUUCGGUGACCGACUGCCCGGGCGGCGGCACCCCCACCGUCACCACCGAGACCAUCGUCACCACCACCGUCUGCCCCGUCACUGACGAGCCCGAGCAGCCGGAGCCGACCGAGACCGACGAGCCUGAGGAGCCUGAGCCGACCGAGACCGACGAGCCCGAGCAGCCGGAGCCGACCGAGACUGACGAGCCCGAGCAGCCGGAGCCGACCGAGACUGACGAGCCUGAGGAGCCGGAGCCGACCGAGACUGACGAGCCUGAGGAGCCUGAGCCGACCGAGACUGACGAGCCUGAGGAGCCGGAGCCGACCGAGAACCCCUCCAACAUCCCCAGCUUCGUCCCCACCCUGACCACCGCCUUCACCUCGGACGGCGUCGCCCAGCCCACCUCCUCCGAGCCCGUCACCGCUGGUGCCGGCCGUGCCGUUCGCGGCGUCGAGGGCAUUGCUGCCCUCGCUGGUCUCUUCGCUGUUUUCCUUUAAAGGAUUGAUGCGGUAGACCCCGCCGCCUCUUGGAAACUAGAGGCGGCAAUUGGAUGGCACAUGCCAGAUGUGAUGAG